GAGUAGCGAGUAGCGACUGCUGCAUGAUUGUCGCGAAUGUCGGAGAAUCACCCUAAAACUUGCAAAAGUGCGAGAAGAUUUAUCAAACGUCAAGGAAAUUUCAUCAUUUUGAAUCUUCCUUCGUGACCCUGGCCAAGCAGGUAACACGCAAACAAAUCAAUUGAAGCGGCAUGGUUUGAAAGCCCCUAGCAGAACAAUUCGAGAUUACAGUUUCAAACAUAUCAGCAAAAUGAAGCAAAUUCUAUGUGGCAGAUAUGGAUACAGCAAGCCACUUCUGGCAGCUCCUCAAGGAAGAUUAUUUUUUGUUCACCCUCAUAGAACAAUUGUUAUGUUAAGAGUUUUAAGGGGAGUUUUGAAACUGAGAUACCUUUUAUUGGGUGGUGCAGUUACAGGAGGAAUGACUCUGCAAAAAAGAUAUGAAGAGUGGAAGGAAGGGUUGCCAGACAUGUCAUGGCUGGAUAAUGUUAUGCCUACAGAUCAGCAAUGGCAAAGCUUCAGAUCAUCAUUAAUAAAUUUCAAAACUUCAAUUAUGGAUAAUGUAGACAUAGAUCCAAAAUUAAAAGAACUAGGAGAAGCUAAAUAUAAAGAGUAUAGAGAGUGGUUCAACCAAAGAUUAGAUGAUGCCAUUAAAGCUGCAGAAUUUUCCAAUGCUGAAGAUAAAUAUAAAAAUGCAUCAAAUCGUGAUAUUGAAGUGAUCUCAGCCUUUGCAAAUCAAGUUUAUUCAGAAGUCAAAGAUGGAAUAGCGAAAAAUACCGUAGCUUUCGCGGCUGCAGAAGUGAAUGACGAUCGAAGAAGAGCUCAAUCUUCUCAACAAAGAAUCGAUGCCAUGCAUGACGAAGUCAUGCAAAUACAGUCAAAAUAUCAACGUGAAUUAGAAAGACUCGAACGUGAAAAUAAAGAAUUGAGGAAACAAAUGUUACUUCGCGGAAAUAUCAAACAGUCGAAUCGAAAAAUCAAAAAAUCUUUGAUCGAUAUGUACAGCGAUGUAUUAGAUGAAUUGAAUGAAUAUAAUGCAGGCUAUUCGACUGCUGAUCAUCUUCCUCGCGUUGUAGUAGUCGGCGAUCAAAGUGCUGGCAAAACGUCGGUUCUUGAAAUGAUAGCUCAAGCUCGUAUAUUCCCUAGAGGUGGCGGUGAAAUGAUGACGAGAGCACCGGUCAAAGUAACGCUCAGCGAGGGGCCUUAUCACAUUGCCCAGUUUAAAGAUAGUUCUCGAGAGUUUGAUCUUACAAAAGAGUCUGAACUUGCUGAGCUACGUCGUGAAGUGGAAUUACGCAUGAAGAACAGCGUUAAAGGAGGAAAAACAGUCAGCCACGAUGUUAUAUCCAUGACUGUUAAAGGUCCGGGCCUACCACGUAUGGUUUUAGUCGAUUUACCUGGUAUCAUAAGCACUGUUACUACUGAAAUGGCCGAAGAUACUAGAGAUGCCAUACGUCAAAUGACACAACAAUACACAAGUAACCCUAAUGCUAUAAUAUUGUGUAUUCAAGAUGGAUCUGUUGACGCAGAGAGGAGUAAUGUUACUGACUUGGUUUCUCAAAUGGAUCCAACUGGAAAGCGAACUAUAUUUGUCCUUACUAAAGUUGAUGUAGCUGAAGAAAAUAUGACAAACCCUGAAAGGCUUCGAAAAAUUUUAUCUGGAAAAUUAUUUCCAAUGAAAGCUCUGGGCUAUUUUGCUGUAGUUACUGGUCGAGGAAGACAAGACGAUAGCAUUCAAACGAUCAAAGAUUACGAAGAAAAAUUUUUCAGAACUUCAAAAUUAUUCAAAGAUGGUUUAACAAUGUCUGGGCAAGUCACCACUAGAAAUUUAAGUUUAGCUGUUGCUGAAUGCUUUUGGAAAAUGGUGCGAGAAACUGUUGAACAGCAGGCUGACACUUUCAAGGCAACGCGAUUUAAUUUAGAAACAGAAUGGAAAAAUAAUUUUCCUAGACUACGCGAAUUAGAUCGUGACGAAUUAUUUGAAAAGGCUCGCGGAGAAAUUUUAGACGAAAUAGUGAAUCUCUCUCAGGUAUCUCCAAGAAAUUGGGAAGAAGUAUUAAUGUCGCGCUUAUGGGAAAAAGUCAGCACACAUGUCUUCGAAAACAUUUACUUACCUGCAGGUCAAACGGGUAGUGCCGGUACUUUCAAUACAGCAGUAGAUAUUAAAUUGCGACAAUGGGCAGAACAACAGUUACCAGCAAAAAGUGUCGAAUCAGGAUGGGAAAGUUUGCAGCAAGAAUUUCAAAAAUUUAUGCUGCAAGCAAAACUCAGUCCAGAUCAUGAUGACAUUUUUGAUAAUUUGAAAAAAGCGGUUGUAGAAGAAGCUAUGACCAGGCAUACAUGGGAAGAUAAAGCUUCAGAAAUGUUGCGUGUUAUACAAUUAAAUACAUUAGAAGAUAGAAGUGUCAAUGACAAAAGAGAUUGGGAUCAAGCUGUUAAAUUUUUAGAAACAUCUGUUAAAGACAAACUUCAGGUAACGGAACAAGUACUACGAGAAAUGAUGGGUCCAAGUAGUAGGGAGAGAUGGAUGUAUUGGCAGUACCAAACUGAUGAUCAAAAGAAACGAAAUAGUGUUAAAAAUGAACUCGAUAAAAUCCUAUACGCCGAUAAGAAACACACGCCAACAUUAUCGCAAGAUGAACUUACCACAGUUAGGAAAAACCUUCAACGUAACGGGUUAGAAGUUGACAAUGAAUUUAUUCGAGAAACGUGGCAUCCUGUGUAUCGAAGAUUUUUUUUGCAACAAAGUUUAUCAAAAGCUUACGAUUGUAGAAAAGGUUUCUACCUUUACCAUACUGGACACGAUUCAGAUCUUGAAUGCAAUGAUGUAGUUUUAUUCUGGCGCAUUCAACAAAUGUUAAAAGUGACUGCUAAUGCCCUACGGCAGCAAAUCAUGAAUAGGGAAGCCAGAAGACUUGAUAAAGAAAUUAAAGAGGUUCUCGAAGACUACAGUCAAGAUAAUGAAAUAAAACAAAAGCUACUCACAGGACGAAGAGUAACUUUAGCGGAAGAACUUAAACGAGUAAGAAAAAUACAGGAAAAAUUGGAAGAAUUUAUUCAAGCUUUAAACAAAGAAAAGUGAGCUGAAUAUUGAUAACAAAUGACUUUAGGAUUUUGGAUUAGAAAUGCCAUUUAUAACUUGUCAAAGAGGAGCACUGGUAAUUUUUUACUUGUAAAUAAAAAAUUAGAAAUUGUAAUUUAAAUUUUAAAUGUUUCCAUUUCUCGAAUUAUAUGUUGUGCCACCUCUUAGAUUCUUGAAAACUGCUCAAAAAUUCUUUUACAAUAAAAUUACCAACGUAGUGGUGAUAAGUUAUCAAUGUAAAUUGCAAUGGAAGUUUUAAAAUCUUAAGGAUGCGCUUUAAAUUAAUUAAUCAUAAAAUAUUUUGCUACCAAACACCUAUGUAUGCUCUUGAGUUAUUAUGGCAGAAUGAAUUAUAAGCUUGAAGUGCUGUGAGAGGAAGUCACGGACCCUUGUUGAACGAGUGUCUUACGUAAUUUAUUAGAAUUUUUUUAAUGAAACGAAGAUUUUCGUGACAUAUUGUUAAUAAUUUGUAAAAAAUAAAUAUCAAGAAAACAUUGUAUGCAUAGUUGCUUGCAAACGCAUGAAAAAAAAAGAAUGAUUGCUAACAUGAAUGCAAUAUGUUAAAAAAGCAUGUGUAUGUCGAUGCAAUUUUUUUCCCUGUGUAAGGUCAUGAUAUUAUAGUCAUUGCCACACAUG